UGGACGCAGAGCGGAAGUAGUCUCACGCAAGUGACGUUGAAAGCGGAAGUUCCGGUGUUCUCAGGAGCGAGUUCUGUGUCUGCUUAUCAGAUCUGCAUUUCAUUAGUGAUCAUAUCUUAUUGUCAAAGACAGGACAAUACUGAAAGGCAUAUUCUGAGGAACUAGCUCUUCAUUGGCUGUGAAAAUGGUGAAUGUUAUGAAAGGAGUCCUGGUGGAGUGUGAUCCUGCAAUGAAACAGUUCCUCUUAUACUUGGAUGAAAAAAACGCUCUAGGAGUCAAAUUUAUUAUCCAGGACCUGGAUGACACACAUGUGUUUAUUUUACCUGAAAUGGUCACUGUCCUUCAAGAGAAGGUUGGAGAAUUGAUGGACCAGAACUCCUUUCCUAUUACACAGAAGUAAAAUCAAUGGAUUUUGUAAUAAGCAUAAUACAGCUGACACUGUAAAAUGUAUCCAAGAACACGAGUGAAUUUAAUUUGUGUGUAUAAUAAAAUCUUUGCGUUUGCUGCCAUCUGUUCUAUGCAUGUACGGAGUGAAAUUGUUUCUUUACGGUAAAGUAUUUCCAGAGGUUUAAAUUAUUUUUCUUAUCCUAUUAAACAGAUGUAAGCUGCAAAUAAAUUGUUAAAACCUA